UUACAAUAUUAUGGCCACAAAUCAUAAUAAUGUCAAACAUAUUGAUAAUGAUAAUAAUGACGAGAAAACAAUAGACAGGGAACUGGAGUUCAAAAAUCGUAUUAAGUAUAAGGAGUAUCGGUUUAAGUUAGUUAUUGUCGGCACGUUUGGCGUCGGAAAGACCAGUCUUAUGAUACAACACUUUGACCGACAGUUCACCGCAGACCCGAAGACAACAGUCGGUGUCGACUUUCGGCAGAGAAAGUUUCAUUUGAACAGCGCUUCGGUGAUACUCGAAGUCUGGGACACUGCCGGUGAGGAAAAGUACUCAAAUAUUGUGCAAAUAUAUUAUCGCGGCGCUCACGCAGUGGUAGCCGUCUAUGACAUUAGAAAACGAUCGACAUAUACCCGUGCCUUACAAUACAUAAAAGAGAUCAAUAAUCAGGCCGUACCUCCAUUGGUGAUCGUAUUGGUCGGAAACAAACAGGACCUGUCCAGUGAACGUGAGGUAGACUACGAAAGUACAUUGAAGUACGCGUCGGCCCGUAAUCUAAUAUUUAUGGAAACUUCGGCAAAAUGUAACUCCAAUGUCGACCAACUGUUUGAAUCAGUAGCCGAACGGUUGGUCGAGGAGUGUGUCCGACGAAAAUAUGAGAGCGAUCUGAGAAAGAAACUACAGUUAGAAAGUCAUAGUAUUCGGCAAUCGUCGACACCAGCUAUCGAUCGUAGAAACAGUUGCUGUUCGACCUCAUGAUCUCGAUUACAACACAUAAACUACUGGUGCUAUUAGUUAUCAAUUUGUUUUUGUUUUAUUUAGUUUAGUAAAUAAAUGUUUCAGUUCAUCAAAACAAGUAAUCUAAUAGUUAAACAUCAAAUUAAGCAUUUGGGACACAAAUAUUGUGUUUAUGUGUGAGUCUAUGUGUUUGAAUGAUUGCAUAUCUGGUUAAAAAAAACAAAUCUGAUCAGAUAAUUAGGCAAAUGUUGGUUAGGAAGUGCUACCUGUGCGCACAUUUGACACCUUAACCAUAGCCUAUGUGUACCGGUAUCUGUGUUUAUAGUACUGUAUAUUUAUCUGUAAAUGUUUAUAAUGACUAUU